AUUGGAGAAUGCACUACCAGCCGGCUCAGCUGUGUCUCGGAAGGCACAUGGUGUGGGCCUGUCGGGCCCACAGGAAACUACAUUUCCCGUAAUGCUCUUCGUUUGGGUACCAUGGAGCUACACAUGGUCCAUCUGGAAAAGAGAAUCCAAGACCACUUGGAGAGCCUGGGCUUUGAAAUCUACCCAUUGAAGGUAGGGUGGUACAAUGCAGUCCUUGCUCCAGCUUUUCAUUUGCCAUACUCGAAUAACACACUGGCAUUUGUGGUGCUCAGCAUUCCUGCCAUGUUCGACAGAGCCUUCAAACCCUUCUUGAAGAAUCAGCUACUGAAAAAGAUUCAUGAUCCUGUGGAUCAGUGCAUUUCACAUCACUUAUCACUGGUUAGGGAGAGCCUUGCUGACCAGCAGGUUGAUAUCAUGUAUGACUACGAGAUGCUGCCCAACCGGAAGCCCAGAUUCUUGGCCCAAACAGCAGCACAUGUAGCUGGUGCUGCAUACUACUACCAGCGGAAAGAUGUGCAGCAAGAUCCCUGGGGAGAGAAGAAGAUCUAUGGUGUCUGCAUCCACCCCUCUUAUGGUGGCUGGUUUGCCAUCCGGGCUCUUGUGGUUUUCCCAGAUGUUCAGGUGCCGUUCUUGCUACAGAAUACCCCUAUUGAUUGUGUGACAACAGAGGAAGAAAGAAUAGAACUGCUGGAGAAGUUCAAUUUCCGAUGGUGGGACUGGAGCUACCGGGACAUUGUUGAAGUGAAGGAGAAGUACUCAGAGGAACAGAAAACCUACUUUGCAACUCCUCCGGCUGAACGGUUAAAACUCCUGAAUCUGCAAGGAGAAUUACAACAAAAUGGCAUUCACUAAGUAGCUGUUUUCACUGUGCAUAAGGUUCAUCUAGCUUAUUCUACUAUGUCAACUACUAUGGAGACAGGGCUUGCUGGUUUACUUGGUCACUGAAGCUGCAAUCUGGAACACUAGGAAGUAAGACCUGUCAAAUGUAGUGGGACCUAUUUCUGAAUAAAUAUGCAUAGGAUUGUGGUGUAAUAUUAGUAACACUGGAAGUCUGCAAAUCCAGGCAUAGAUACACUAGGUUUCUGAAUUCUAGUUAGAUGCUAUUUCUAAAUCAGGUUUGGGGGGCUUUGUUUUUUUAUAUAUUAGUAAUUAGAGAUUGUUCUUUUUUGUGUGUGAUCCUUUGGUACUUGGUGUUACUAGCUCAGGGGAGACGUUUUUGUAAAUUGCACUUUUUGUUGUCCUGUGGGAGCAAUUCUCCUGGAAGCAAAUGUUUUUGAAGGAUAUCAUUUUGUCAUUUUCACAGUCUAAAAUCAUUUCAGGUAUUACAACUUCCUACAAUUCUCAACACAUGUUAUGAGGCUUUGAAAUCCUUGAAUUUAGUUCCAGUGGUCACUUUCUUUCCACUCCUUCUCAAAGCAUUUGGAGAUACUGUCUAGCUCAUGUCAUGAAGGGGAGGUGAUGAAGUUGUUAUCAAAGUAAAACUGAAGAAGGCAAAAA